AUGAACUUCCUGAUGAGAGAUCCAGUCAUCCAGGGCUCGAGUAUGGCAUAUCAUCCGUUUAUACCUCACCGGGGUCCGGAAUUUGCCAUGAGCGCUAUGUUGGGCCACCAGCCGCCCUUCUUCCCGGCUCUGGCGCUGCCCCCCAGCGGUUCGCUCUCGCUGCCGGGAGCCCUCGGCAAGCCGAUCAUGGAUCAGCUGAUGGGGGGAGCGGCCGACUCUGGACUGCACUUUUCCUCGCUUGGCCAUCAGGCCGCCGCGGCAGCCGCAGCGGCCGCACACCUCCGGCCACUCAAGAGCCUGGAGCCCGAGGAGGAAGUGGAGGACGACCCCAAAGUGCACCUGGAAGCCAAGGAGCUUUGGGAGCUCUUCCACAAGAGGGGCACCGAGAUGGUGAUCACCAAAUCCGGAAGGCGGAUGUUCCCCCCGUUCAAAGUGAGGUGCACGGGCCUGGACAAGAAGGCCAAGUACAUUCUCUUGAUGGAUAUCGUGGCGGCGGACGACUGCAGGUACAAGUUCCACAACUCCCGCUGGAUGGUGGCAGGGAAAGCCGACCCCGAGAUGCCGAAGAGAAUGUACAUCCACCCGGACAGCCCCGCUACGGGAGAGCAGUGGAUGUCCAAGGUGGUCAAUUUCCACAAACUCAAGCUCACCAACAACAUCUCCGACAAGCAUGGAUUUGUAAGUUCUACUAAUACCAUUCUGAACUCUAUGCACAAAUAUCAACCUCGCUUUCACAUCGUGAGGGCCAACGACAUCCUCAAGUUGCCCUACAGCACCUUCAGGACUUACGUGUUCCCUGAAACCGACUUCAUUGCAGUGACCGCUUAUCAGAAUGACAAGAUAACACAGCUUAAAAUCGACCACAACCCAUUUGCCAAAGGCUUCCGUGACACUGGCAACGGUCGACGGGAAAAGAGGAAGCAGUUGGCCCUGCAGUCCAUCCGCUCCUACGAGGAGCAGCAGAAGAAGGAGAACGGGGCUUCAGACGACUCCUCCGGGGAGCAGGCCCCCUUCAAGUGCUUCGGGCAAGCUUCCUCCCCUCCCGUGUCCACCGUGGGGCCCCCACACCUGAAAGACUUUUGUGACAGCGACGAAGACAGUGACGACGAGAGCAAAGACGGCCACGUCAAGGACGGUCCAGACUCCAAUAAAAUCACCACCACGACAGAGGACGGCAAAGAGCAACAUGCGAGCCCCGCCAAGGGCCAUUUGUUAGGAGGUGGUGGUGGCGGCGGCGGCGGCGAACCCCCCGGCCGAACCCGAGACGGCAGCCCGACAACUGAGCGAGGCCGGGCGGACUCUCGACAGAGCCCUAUCACCGUCAUCUCCAGCACUACUCGCUCCGGGGAGGACGUCAAGAGCCCGAGCUUGGACCCGACGAAGGAGGAAGAGUGCCGGCCGCCGGGCAAGGACGCCUUCGUGCCUUUGACUGUGCAGACAGAGGGCGCGCACAUGGGUCAUCACGGCCAUAUGGCGAACUUCGGAUUUCCCAGCGGCCUGACAGGACAGCAGUUUUUCAACCACUUGGGGGGCGCGCACCCGUUCCUGUUGCACCCAGGCCAGUUCAACAUGGGCGGCGCCUUCACAAACAUGGCAGCGGGCAUGGGGCCCCUGUUGGCCGCCGUUUCCACGGGAGGGGUGAGCACCAUGGACACCAGCAGCAUGGCGUCCUCCCCUCAGAGCCUGGCGGGGGCGCCGGGCCUGCCGUUCCAUCUGCAGCAACACGUCUUGGCCUCGCAGGGUCUGGCCAUGUCCCCCUUCGGAAGUCUGUUCCCCUACCCUUACACGUAUAUGGCGGCAGCCGCAGCAGCCUCCUCGGCAGCAGCCGCCUCGUCCUCCUCCUCGUCCUCUGUGCACCGGCAUCCCUUCCUGAACGCGGUGCGCCCUCGACUCAGGUACAACCCCUACUCGCUCCCCAUGACGGUACCGGACAGCACGCUACUCAGCACGGCCGCGGCCGCCGCCGCCUCGGCCAUGGCACCCCUGGGGGGCGACUUGAAAGGGGACGUGCUGGUCCCGGCCAGCCCGGUGUCAGCCCUCGACUCCACGUCGGAGGUGACGAGUCGCUCGGUGUCACCCAAAUUGUGCGCGGAGAAGGAAGGCGCCAAUGAGCUGCAGAGCAUCCAGCGCCUCGUCAGCGGGCUGGACUCGAACCAGGACAGGUCAAGAAGCGGAUCGCCCUAA